AUGGAAGGAGAGUAUGAGCCAACGUUAAAAAAUGUAAUUGAACAGAAAACCUUGAGAUGGAUAUUUGUUGGAGGGAAAGGGGGUGUAGGAAAAACAACUUGUAGUUGUUCCCUUGCAGUACAACUUGCGCAGGUUCGUCGGAAUGUUUUGUUAAUAUCGACUGAUCCUGCCCACAAUAUUUCGGAUGCCUUUGCACAAAAAUUUACCCGAACUCCAACUGCAGUUAACACUUUCGAUAAUCUUUUUGCUAUGGAAAUUGAAGCGAGUUUUGGUGGGGAUAGUUCAGCUGGUACAAGUAUAGAGGCUGAUGAUGAGAAUUUUAUGUAUCUCGGCAAGCAGUUAGUUCAAGAGAUAGUUGGUGGCCUACCUGGUAUCGAUGAAGCUGUUAGUUUUUCACAGAUAUUUAAAUUGAUUGAAUCCAUGGACUUUGAUGUAGUCGUAUUUGACACCGCUCCAACCGGUCACACUUUACGAUUGUUACAGUUUCCAUCAAUUCUAGAGAAAAGUUUAGGGAGGAUUUUGAGCGUCCAGAAUUCUUUUGGCCCUGUAGUAUCUCAGAUGAGUGGUCUCCUUGGAGCUGGUGAGGUGAACCCGGACCAGGCAUUAAACAAGAUGAAAGAAACUCUUAAAAUUAUCCAGGAAGUAAAUGCCCAGUUCAAAAAUCCAGACCUUACUACUUUUGUUUGUGUUUGUAUAUCAGAGUUCUUAUCUUUGUAUGAAACCGAAAGAUUGAUCCAAGAGUUGACCAAACACCAGAUCGAUGUGCAUAAUAUAAUUGUUAAUCAAUUACUUUUCCCUGAAGAGGAAAAUGGAGAAAUAAAAUGUAAGAAAUGCAAAGCUCGGCACAAUGUGCAGUGUAAAUAUCUUGAACAGAUUGCACUGUUAUACGAAGACUUCAAUAUCACUAAACUACCGCAACUUGACGACGAAGUUAGGGGCGUUGAAGAAAUCAAGAAAUUCAGCGUUAAUUUAAUAGUCCCUUAUUCUCCAGAAAAAACUAAUUAG